GGCACAGGUGACAGCGCGUCGACGGGUCCACGACCGCGGAGGAGGUUGCCAUCGCGACGCGGGUCGCGGGAGAGUUUCGCUUCCGGGUUAGGCGGUGGCGCAGGCGCAGACGCUGCAGAAGCGACCGCCGUCGGGGACGGCCCCUGGAGCUCCGCUUCCGGGUGGAUUUUCCCAGGAUCGGCGGCGUCUCGGGCUCGGGCUCCUUGAUUGGGGCCAGAGAGGAGACACCGCGAGGGCGGCUUCCCCGGGACUGAGGGACGCGGACCCCGCGGGAGGCCAGAAGGACCCCGAUCGGGCUGGACCCGAGCCACAGACCAUCGCCCAUGGCGGCCCUGGGCCCCGGCAACCAGAAUGUCACCGAGUAUGUCGUUCGAGUUCCCAAAAACACAACUAAAAAAUAUAAUAUCAUGGCCUUCAAUGCAGCUGAUAAAGUCAACUUUGCGACGUGGAAUCAAGCCCGGCUGGAGCGGGACCUGAGCAACAAGAAGAUUUACCAGGAGGAGGAGAUGCCCGAGUCGGGCGCGGGCAGCGAGUUCAACCGCAAGCUGCGGGAGGAGGCUCGGAGGAAGAAAUACGGCAUCGUCCUCAAGGAGUUUCGGCCGGAGGACCAGCCCUGGCUGCUGCGCGUCAACGGCAAAUCGGGCAGAAAGUUCAAGGGCAUCAAGAAGGGAGGCGUGACGGAGAACACUUCCUACUACAUCUUCACCCAGUGCCCCGACGGGGCCUUCGAGGCCUUCCCCGUGCACAACUGGUACAACUUCACGCCGCUGGCCCGGCACCGCACGCUCACCGCCGAGGAGGCCGAGGAGGAGUGGGAGAGGAGGAACAAGGUCCUAAACCACUUCAGCAUCAUGCAGCAGCGGCGGCUCAAGGACCAGGACCAGGACGAGGAGGGCGAGCAGAAGGAGAGGCGUGGCCACAAGAAGGCCAGCGAGCUGCGCAUCCACGACCUGGAGGACGACCUGGAGAUGUCAUCCGACGACAGCGAGGCCAGCGGCGAGGAGGGUGGCAGAGCCCCCAAGGCCAAGAAGAAGGUGCCACCUGGCAAGGCGGGCAGGAAAAAGAAGAAGAAGAAGGGGUCGGAUGACGAGGCCUUCGAGGACAGCGACGACGGUGACUUCGAGGGCCAGGAGGUGGACUAUAUGUCCGACGGCUCCAGCAGCUCCCAGGACGAGCUGGAGGGCAAGCCCAAGGUCCCCCAGCAGGAGGAGGGCCCCAAGGGCGUCGACGAGCAGAGCGAGAGCAGCGAGGAGAGCGAGGAGGAGAAGCCGCCCGAGGAGGACAAGGAGGAGGAAGAGGAAAAGAAGGCACCCACGCCUCAGGAGAAGAAGCGGAGGAAAGACAGCAGUGACGAGUCGGACAGCUCGGAGGAGAGCGACAUCGACAGCGAGGCCUCCUCGGCCCUCUUCAUGGCGAAAAAGAAGACGCCCCCCAAGAGGGAGCGGAAACCGUCAGGAGGCAGCUCGCGGGGCAACAGCCGGCCUGGCACACCCAGCACAGAGAGCGCCAACACCUCCUCGACGCUGCGGGCCGCCGCCACCAAGUUGGAGCAGGGGAAGCGGACCAGUGAGACGCCGACGGCCAAGCGGUUGAGGCUGGACGCCGGGCCACAGAGCCUGUCCGGGAAGUCGACCCCCCAGCCCCAGUCCGGGAAGUCGACCCCCAGCAGCGGGGACGUGCAGGUGACCGAGGACGCCGUGCGCCGCUACCUGACGCGGAAGCCCAUGACCACCAAGGACCUGCUGAAGAAGUUCCAGACCAAGAAGACGGGCCUGAGCAGCGAGCAGACGGUCAACGUGCUGGCGCAGAUCCUGAAGCGCCUCAACCCCGAGCGCAAGAUGAUCAGCGACAAGAUGCACUUCUCCCUCAAGGAGUGAGCAGCGGGCCCACCCUCCCGCCCAAUAAACAGGCUCUAGUCUCUA